AUGCAGAGACAAGGGGAUACAGCACCACCAGUUAAUACCUCUAAGGACCAUGUGAUGGGUGAAGGGAGUAAUUCAAAUGUAGCUCUGAUUGAGAUGACUGAGGGUGUGAACAGGACGGAGGUAGCAAAAGACCUUCAUUUCAGUGAGCAUGAAAGUGGGAGCCAGAGGAAUAUGGUGGUGGAGGAUAGAGGAAGUGCUAAGAAAAAUGGGAAAGGAGUGGUAGUGGCAAUAAGAGAGGGUGAGCAACCAGUAUCUCGAGGAGAGUCAGUUGGGAAAAGUUCUAAUCUUCAGAUUGGAGUCAAAGCUCCUUCAAUGUGGAAAAGGAAAGGGCAAACAAGGGGAAGACUUAAGAGAACAGAUAGCCCUAUGGAGAUUGUACCAGCACAAGGAAAGGGGAAAAGACAGAGGCAAUGUAAACCAGUUCUGAAAGAAGGGGUGAGAUCACUGUCUUGUGUUUGGGUGCAUGAGUUGAUGACAGGAGAUGGCAGAGCUUGGAAUAGAGAACUGAUUCAAAACCUUUUUACUGAAGCAUCUUGUAAAGCCAUUCUGGAAAUUAAAGGCUUGGAUCCUGCUGCAAGAGAUAGAUGGGUGUGGACAGUGGAUUUGAAAGGUAUGUUUUCUGUUUCCUCAGCUUAUUCAGUAGCAGUAAAGCAGAAGAUUUUGAGUCUUGAUAUACCAGGGUGUAGUUCUAAUAUUACAGCUGAUAAGAAGGCUAGAAUGAGGUGUUGGAAUCUGAGGGUGAAAGGCAAGAUUAAGCAUUUUAUUUGGAGGUGUUUUACUGAUGUUUUACCUGUUAAUGAUAAUCUGAGACUUAGAGGAAUGCAGCUAGAUACUGUCUGCCAGUGUUGUGGGGAAAGUGUGGAAACUGUCGAGCAUUUGAUGUUUACUUGUUCCAGAGCUGCUAUGGUGUGGAGUUUAAUGCCGGUUGUUGUGUUUUUGAGUUGUCCGGGCUAG